AUGACUGACCAAGAAAAGAGCAGUGAUGUUAGACUGGUUUAGGAUGGUUAAAAAAAUGUCUAAAAACAGAAGACUGGAUUAAAAUAGAUCAAUCUUGAUAAUCUUGUGUAUAACAAGCGAGAACGAAAGCAAACUGGCGGUCCAGCACUUUUAGCUAUCCCUUAAAUUUAAUAGAAAAAAAUCGUUUAGAAUAAGUAAAGUUAUAAAAAGAAGAAUGCUGAACUGCAAACUCCUCCUCGUGAAGAAGUUCAGCAAGUUCAAGAACCAACAUUGAUCAAAUAAUAACCAAUAUCCUGCCAAUAAUUAGUCUUUGAAUCUGAUAACUCGUCAGAUUUUGAUCCAAAAAUAAAAGCCAAGAAGUCCAAAAAGUUUAGAAGAACGCAUAAACGUUUAGAUAUUGAAGAUUCAUCAGAUGAGGAGCAGUAUAAACGAAGACUCAUCUUGAAAAGAGUUAAUAAAAUAUUCAAGAAAUCUUAUGAGUAAAAACAAAUCUUAGCUUCAGGAAGUGAAUAAGAAAAUCUUGUAAAAGAAUUAUUCAAAAAUAUUUAUGUAAAAAUUUUUAAAGACAUUCAAAUAUCUCCUGCUGAACUCAAGUAGUUAUCAAAUCCAGAAUAUUCAACUAGUUAAAUAAGUGAUUGCAAAUAAUAAGAUGAAGAAAUUAAACCAGAAGAAUAAAUUCGUAUUUUAACUGAAGAUGGAACAGAUUUUGAAACCAAACGAAACUUGAAAUUGUUGGGAAUUGAAAAUUCAGAAAUUCUAUCCAAAUUGGGUGAAGUUAAGUCUUAUAUUAAUUGUGAUAUACGAUAUUUUAAUUUAGACUUUUUGGUAGAAAAAGUGGGUGGUUUUGAUGUUGUUUUGAUGGAUCCACCUUGGAGAAUUAAAGGAGGACAAUAAAAUGAUUCGUCCUUUAUGUUUACUAAUAGCAAAUUCUCACUUGAUUACAACACUAUGAGCAAUUAAGAGAUUAUGGAUAUCAAAAUUGAAAAAUUGAGUAAGAAAGGAUUUUUGUUUCUUUGGAUUCUCAAUACAUAACUAAACAUAGCAUAUGAAAUGGCUAGCAAAUGGGGAUAUGAGAUUGUUGAUCAAAUUAUUUGGGUUAAACUAAAUCCUUAAGGAAAUAAUGUGUAUCUUUCUACAGGAUAUUAUUUUAUGCACUCUUUCGAAAUAUGUUUAGUUGGAUAUAAAUGUCCUCCAGGGGAACAUGUAGAGUAUCAUUCUAAAAUAUCUAACAAUAUAAUCUUCAGUCCAGUAAGGAACAAAUCACAGAAACCUAUAGAAAUGUAUGAAAUCAUAGAAAUAAUGAUGCCUGGAGCUAAAAAGGUAGAAAUCUUUGCUAGGAAUAAUAAUCUAAGACAUGGAUGGUUUUCAAUAGGUAAUUAAUUGGGAGAAACAUAUUAAAAAUGGUUAGUUUAAAUUAGUUGCAAUGUGUGUGGAAUUGCAUUAUAACCUGGAAUAUGUAGAUACAAAUCAAAAAAGAUAGCCAAUUUUGAUAUUUGUUAAUAAUGUUAUGAUAAGAAGAUAAGCGAAGGAGAAUUUAAAGAGAGUGAAAUAUUCUUUUUGGCUAAUAAGGCUGAUGAAGAAGUGCUACAUUAAUAUCAUCAAUGCAAUAGGUGUGAUUAGAAUCCUAUUUGGGGUCCAAGAUUUGAAUGUAUCACAUGUGACAACUAUGAUUGUUGUGAAGCAUGCUUUGAUAAUCUACUCCAAUCUGGAGAUUUAACUCAUAUGGAUCAUGAUUUCAAAGUAAUUGAAUUACCAACAUUUGCUGAAGGCAUCCCUUGUCAUGAUGCAAAAUGUAAUGGAUGCUUUUAGAAACCCAUCCUAGGUGUUUAAUUUAUUUGCAAAUAAUGUACUAACUUUAGUUUAUGUUAAAACUGUUUCUUUACAAGAACUCAAUCUGAAUUAAAUGGGCAAAGACAUAAAGCAGAUCAUCGAUUUGAACCAAUUUAUGAAGUCUAGAAUUUCUCUAAGAAAACUUACAAAUGUCAAGGAUGUGAAUUAGAAAAAGCAGGAUGUGUUUACAAAUGUGAAAAUUGUUUUGGAUUCUAUUUUUGUGAAGAAUGUUUUGCCCUUAAGAAAGAUGAUUGGAAAUGUUAUGUUGCUACAAGUCAUAAAAAUUAUCAUACAUUUAUUAAGAUAUGA